AGGAAAUGAUGUAAGACAAUCUCGUUACUGUGGAAACGGAUCAUGCAGUGGAGUGACGCGGAAGAGGCGAUGAAAAGUAAAAAACUGGACUCUUGCGUUUGAUGACAACCAUGCAGAUAUCCUGGUUUGAUUCUGAACAUUGGGAUGGUAACUUUAAUUUCAAUCUUCUUGGAGUGUGCCGACCUAAAAUUGGAGACACCGGGGUUCUUAAACAUACACUUUGUUUUGGGGGAAACCAGAUAAUCAGCCACAUGGAGAGCAGCGACGUAGACAUUUUCUGGACAUUUUCGUAGACGUAGGUUUUCUGGACAUCUCUGCUGAUGUUCUGGCUGCACACAUAUGGGCGUGGGGAGAUAGGUCGUUGUAUAAUUUUUCUAAUUUUGCUCCGUUUCGUGCCGUAUCUCAGUGCGCGAUGCUCCAGGCUGGAUCUUUGCAUCUCCUGUGCCUCACGGCCAGCAGCGGCGUGCCUCUCUUCUCCCGCGGCGUCUCCAGGCAGCUCCCGUUCUCUGUCAUCGGAUCUCUGAACGGUGUGCACAUGUUCGGCGGGGGCCAGGGGGCGGUGCUGUCCUGUUGCGAAACGGACAGCGGCGGCCGCGUGGUCUGGAAGGUCUUCCAGGAGAGCGUAAUGCUCAUCGCAGUGAAUGGAGAGCAGGGCGGUGCCGUAGACGACUUUCAGCUGCGCCGCCUGCUGGAGAACACGUGGAACUGUAUGGUGCUGGUCCUGGGGCAAGAUGAGCUGGUGAACGCGCGCAACGUGGAGCGCCUGAAAAGGGACCUGCGUUCCUGCUACCGGCUCAUCGACCUCUUCCUGGAGGGCGCCGGUGACGGAAUGGGGGACCUGACGCACUGCGCCGACUGCCUGCUGGUCCCGCAACCCGGUCCACUGCAGGAGGCCUUGGACACCUUCACCCAGGCCUCCGAGAGCGAGUUUGGCUGCCUGCUGGUCCACGGCAAGGUUGUGGUGGCUACGGAGAAGUGGUGGCGUCUAGCGCCGCAGGAGGUGGUCCUCCUGUCCGCCCUGGUGCGCACCUUCAGCGGGUCUUCCUCUUGCGACCACCCCGUGUUCCUGCCACAGGGCAGCCCCACCGUGCCUCUCCGCCUCCUCCGUUUCCAGCUGCUGCCGGGGGCGGACCUGUGCGUGCUGUGCGGCCCCGCGCCCUCCCUGCAGACUGCCGAGAGCCAGCUGGUGGCGCGCUUCUGGUGCCCCCUUGUGGAGACGCUGCGCGGCUGCCUGGCUCUCUCAGGGCGGUGCCUGCCGGGUUCCGUGAAGCUCCACGGAGACGUCCUGGGCCUGCUGCUCAUCAACCGGGAGUCCCGCCGGGCCGUCUCCACAGUGACGCCCGGGGACACCCCCCCCGGCCGGCCCCGCCCCGCCCGGUGCCGGGAACUGCUCCGGCUCUUCUACGUUUUCGCGGCGACGCGGUACUUGGGGCCCGAGGAGGCGGGGGUGCCGGGAGAGAGGCGGCAGGGUGACCCCCUGGAGGAGGACUUCACCCUGGGCUUCUCCCACCAGCCUCUGCAGUGUUACCUGGUGACAGAGGAGUGUAAGCUCUUCGGCCUUCAGACUCCGCAGCACCAGCUGUACCUGCUGAUGCCCGUCUCCGUGCCCACCUUCGCCCUGCGCUCCCUGGCCACCCGCACCCUCUCCGCCCUCACCAGCAGCACCGGCUUUUAGGGGGCACAGGUGCCCUCUAUGGUACUCUUCUAAUACUUGAAUCAGAAAUUACUUGCAGGUGUAGGCGCUUGUGUGCCCACAAAGCAGUACAGUCACAGACACUGUAGGUCCAGGUACAGCAUUUGGGCAGGGAAAAGUGUGUGCUCAGUGUGUGUUACUGCUUAUAACACAUUUUGACAGGUUACAACUGCUCUUUGAGGAAAGUGAUGAGCUAUUGGCAAGUACUGUUUUUUUUUUUUUUGUCAGAACACUGUUUUUCAUCGUGGCUAUAGAGUAAAGGAAUAUCUCUUUGUGUUUCCUUACAGCAUUUAUUUCAAUGACAUCCGGAUUAAUUGUGGAUGUUAUUUUAUUGUGGGGUUUUUUGGAAUCUGAAUUAAUUAUGUUUUUGAUUGAAUGUAAUGUAAUCAAAGUAUUUGAAAUACUGAAUAAAUCUGUUAUACCCUCUUUUCAUGUUUGAACCCUCUUUUGAUAUGUGUGAACAAUGUUUGAAUUUAGAUAAAUAAAUAUAAAUUAUUUCCA